AUGUCAUUAUCGUUAUCAUCAUCAGCAUCAUCGUCAGCAGCAGCAGCUUCAGCCUUAGAGGCUGAAGCGAGUCGCAUGGCUGGACUGUACUAUAGUGACUGGUGCACAGGCAAAUCCCAGUACAGUCGACAUGAUCUAGAGGCGCAAAUCAGUCAAGCUUUGGCAGAUGACUGUUAUGUCAUCGUGCCAUGGGGGGAUAUGAUAUCCAAGCAAGACCUUAUGGGUGUGCUCAAGUUUGCCUAUGGCCGUUCCAAGAAAGGCAUGAAAGUCACGGUGGAUGAAUUCCAGAUCCUGAGUCAAUUUGAAUCAUCGAAGGAUGAUACCACUUUGACACUAGUGACAUUCCAAGAAACACAGACAGAACCCAAAAAGUCAGAUGUUAUCCGUCGAACCACAGCUUUGAUGGAAACCCUUAGAGAUGGAUCCAUUCGAUGGAGACAUAUUCAUGCAACUUGGAUGGUGCCACCAGAGGAAGAAAGUGCCUUUGUAAGAAGGAGGGAAGACUCAGUUACAGCAACUUGUUGA